AGCGGGGGCCAGCGCAGCUGGAGCGGGAGCCGGAGCCGGAGCCCCGGCGGGACCCGAGCGGGCUGCAGCGACAUGGGGUCGGCCGACUCCAAGCUGAACUUCCGGAAGGCGGUGAUCCAGCUCACCACCAAGACGCAGCCCGUGGAGGCCACCGAUGACGCCUUUUGGGACCAGUUCUGGGCAGACACGGCCACCUCGGUGCAGGACGUCUUUGCACUGGUGCCAGCAGCGGAGAUCCGGGCCGUGCGGGAGGAGUCACCUUCUAACCUGGCCACCCUGUGCUACAAGGCCGUGGAGAAGUUGGUGCAGGGGGCAGAGAGUGGUUGCCACUCAGAGAAGGAAAAGCAGAUCGUCCUGAACUGUAGCCGCCUCCUCACCCGCGUGCUGCCCUACAUCUUCGAGGAUCCUGACUGGAGGGGCUUCUUCUGGUCCACCGUGCCCGGGGCUGGGCGAGGAGGGGGUGAGGAUGAUGAUGCGAAUGCCCGACCUCUGGCCGAGUCCCUGCUGCUGGCCAUCGCCGACCUGCUCUUCUGCCCAGACUUCACGGUCCAGAGCCACCGGAGGACCACUGUGGACUCGGCAGAGGACAUCCAGUCCCUGGACAGCUGUGAAUACAUCUGGGAGGCUGGCGUGGGCUUUGCACAUUCCCCUCCGCCCAACUACACCCACGACACAAACCGGACGGAGCUGCUAAAGCUGCUGCUGACCUGCUUUUCCGAAGCCAUGUACCUGCCCCCAGCUCCGGACAGUAGCAGUACCAACCCAUGGGUGCAGUUCUUUUGUUCAACGGAAAACAGACACGCCCUGCCCCUCUUCACUUCUCUGCUCAACACCGUGUGUGCCUAUGACCCAGUGGGUUACGGGAUCCCCUACAACCACCUGCUCUUCUCUGACUACCGGGAGCCCCUGGUGGAGGAGGCAGCCCAGGUACUCAUUGUCACUCUGGACCAUGAUAGUGCCAGCAGUUCCAGCCCCACUGUGGACGGUACCACCACCGGCACUGUCAUGGACGAUGCUGAACCGCCAGGGCCCGAGAACCUAUUCGUGAACUACCUGUCCCGUAUCCACCGCGAGGAGGACUUCCAGUUCAUCCUUAAGGGCAUGGCCCGGCUGCUAUCCAACCCACUGCUCCAGACAUACCUGCCUAAUUCCACCAAGAAGGUCAAGUUCCACCAGGAGCUCCUGGUUCUCUUCUGGAAGCUCUGUGACUUCAACAAGAAGUUCCUCUUCUUUGUGCUAAAGAGCAGUGACGUGUUGGACAUCCUGGUCCCUACCCUUUACUUCCUCAACGACGCCCGCGCAGAUCAGUCACGGGUGGGCUUGAUGCACAUUGGGGUCUUUAUCCUGCUGCUGCUGAGCGGGGAGCGGAACUUCGGGGUCCGACUUAACAAGCCCUACUCAGUACGUGUGCCCAUGGACAUUCCUGUCUUCACGGGGACUCAUGCCGACCUGCUCAUCGUGGUCUUCCACAAAAUCAUCACCAGUGGGCACCAACGGCUGCAGCCCCUCUUCGACUGCCUACUCACCAUCGUGGUCAACGUGUCCCCCUACCUCAAGAGCCUCUCCAUGGUGGCCGCCAACAAGCUGCUGCACCUGCUGGAGGCCUUUUCCACCACCUGGUUCCUCUUCUCCGCUGCCCAGAACCACCACCUGGUCUUCUUCCUCCUGGAGGUCUUCAACAACAUCAUCCAGUACCAGUUUGAUGGCAACUCCAAUCUGGUCUAUGCCAUCAUCCGAAAACGCAGUGUCUUCCACCAGCUGGCCAACCUGCCCACAGACCUGCCCACCAUCCACAAGGCACUGCAGCGGCGCCGGCGGGUACCUGAGCCCUUGUCCCGCACUGGCUCACAGGAGGGGGCCUCCAUGGAGGGUUCCCGGCCUGCUGCCCCCGCUGAGCCCGGCACCCUCAAGACAAGCUUGGUGGCCACCCCAGGCAUUGACAAACUGACAGAAAAGUCCCAGGUAUCAGAGGAUGGCACCUUGCGGUCCCUGGAGCCGGAGUCCCAGCAGGGCUCAGCCGAUGAUGGCCCAGCCCCAGGGGAGUCUGGCCAGGCAUGGCGAGAACAGCGGCAGACAUCCAGUGUGUCCACCAGUGGACAGUGGAGCCCAACAUCGGAGUGGGUGCUCUCCUGGAAGUCCAAGCUGCCUCUGCAGACCAUCAUGAGGUUACUGCAGGUGCUGGUGCCCCAGGUGGAGAAGAUCUGCAUUGAUAAGGGCCUGACGGAUGAGUCCGAGAUCCUACGGUUCCUGCAGCAUGGGACCCUGGUGGGGCUGCUCCCUGUGCCCCACCCCAUCCUCAUCCGAAAGUAUCAGGCCAACUCGGGCACCGCUAUGUGGUUCCGCACCUACAUGUGGGGCGUCAUCUAUCUGAGGAAUGUGGACCCACCUGUUUGGUAUGACACCAAUGUGAAGCUGUUCGAGAUCCAGCGGGUGUGA